CCUGCGACAUUGAUUUCUACUGGCUGCGACAUUACUUUUUGGAAACCCCGUGUGUGGCCGUCAACAAGCUUAGGUUAUAUGCACUUAUCUAGGCCAGGGACUCCGCUGGCUGAGGUUACGCGCUGGGUUGUUCAGCACCGAACUCUACUUUUCCUUGCACUUUGAACGUUCACAAUGGAAUCUAGCAGCUCCAGCAACCCGUACCGCGACUAUAAUGACGAUGAACUUAUUCAAAUACUCGAAAACCAACGACGCGAGCACCAACGAUUCUACGAGAGUGGCGAUAUUAUCGACGACAUUGAUCAUGACGAUCGUCAUCUGGGUGGCAUAAAGCGACCUCCUAUUCCCGAUAUGCGUUUCGAGCCUCAAUUCAGAAAAUCUGUUGCAACAAUGCGUGAACAGGGCGCUACCAAUGCUCAAAUAUUCUUCUCUGCUGUCAUUGUCAACCAGUUUGUCAUGCCCUUUAUUAACGGGUUCUCAUGGAGUUUACUGUCUCAAGUGUGGCGCUGGUGGCGUGUACGGGACGCCACAAAAGUACGCUCUACAACAUCGUCUACCUCGUCGUUUGUUCGUGGUAUGAAAUACGGUAUUGCUAAAUGGUUCCGUAAUGCUUACGAAACAUUCGUGCACUUGCCGACGCUGACGCAGGAACCAAGUGGGUUCGCGCGGCCAGCGAACUACUAGAAGAAGAUGAUAUCCAUAUAUUUUACUACUGUACAUUUCUGUUACUUCAAGUCAAUUUUUCGUAUGUCAAAAGUAAAGCUAUUUUUUAUCCAUGCAUACAUGUGCACCUAAAGUAUCCAGUGUGGGGAAGCAUUGGAGAUGUUCAUAAACUGAUUGGAUACAGACAGGGCGAUGCCUUUGAUUGGUUCGGUUUGUCAGUAAUGCCGAACUCUAACGCCCUAUAAUAAAUUCGUACCUAUCGGAUAC